AUGAUGCAGUCGACCUGUCAGCAGCAACAGGCUCAGCAACAAAAUGGCACAUCGACCAGUCGGACAUCCUUUUUAAUUGAGGAUAUCCUGAGUCGUAAUAAUGUGCCCCCUAUGCCUCAACUUCAUCAGCUUCACCAUCCUAAUCAUCAUAAUCAUCAUCAUCUUACUCACUCACACACUCAUCAGCAUCAUCAAUACCAGCAAUUUACAAGCCUUCUUCCUGGAUAUCCCACUGGUCCGCCGGCUGCUGCUUUUUUUCUUGGACCACUUUUUGGUAGCGUCGGGGUUGUUCCAGGUGUCAGCGAACUUACAGCUUUGAAGCAUUGUCGAAGAAGAAAAGCCAGAACGGUUUUUAGUGAUCAGCAAUUAGCUGGUUUGGAAGCGAGGUUCGAAGCACAAAGAUACCUGAGCACACCUGAAAGAGUGGAACUUGCAGCAGCUUUGCACCUUUCUGAAACACAGGUGAAAACUUGGUUUCAGAAUCGACGAAUGAAACAUAAAAAGCAGCUGCGAAAGCUCAAUACGAGUAGCAAUGGAAAUCAAGGUUCCGGACAGCAACACUGUGGAAGUCAAUCAAUUUCUGUUACCUCACCUACUGAACAUCCAGUCGAUUUCUCUCUAUCGGGUGGUCGGGAAUCUCGAGCCAGCAGCGAUGCGGUUGUUGACUCAGAUGAUGAUGAAAUCGACGUCCUGGGAGAUGAAACACCCUCGCCAAUUCCGGAUACCACCAUACGUUUGCCGAGACCGGGUUCACCACCCAGAGGUUUUCAAGCCAUCCAUUCACAUCCGGUGACCCUCUUACAUCAACAGCAUCACAGUCUACCACUUCAACGUCAUCAUCGCUGACACCCUUAAUGGAGUUCAAGUUCACCCGAAAUCCGAUGCCUAGUCAAUUUCUUCGACGGUAAUGACAGUGCCACGAUCAAAAAACAUUAAUGCUCUUUAAAAACUAUUUAUGGAGAGUUAUUACUCACCAAAGUGUUGUUUAAAAACAAACAGUGGUUGGUACUAAAUCAAAUUGUUGCAAUUUAUGAGAUAUAAAGCUAGCACUGAAAGUGUUCUUGAUAUCAACACCUUCAAAAAAAAUCUGCUAAUGUUACUUUGUUACAGUGGUCUUUUUUAUGAAAAUAGUGUCAGCAUAGAUUUUGAUGUAGAGCGUACGGACGUAAGUUGUUACGCCAUUAGUCUUUUCUGUAAAUCUACAAGAAUUUACAAUAUAUCAAAGAGACUGGUAAAUCGUAUACAGGAUUUUCUGUAUAAAUCUUACAAGAAUUUGCGAUAAAUCUAACAGGGUUUACUGUAGGCAUUACAGAAAAACGCAUGCUUUCACUAUUCUGUAAAAUUAGCAGAAUCUUU